AGACUCGCGUUUUAUUUCGAAAGUGCCAACCGGAAGUGUUCUGAUAACAACAACGGUGGUUAGCAUGUAGCUAGCAGUUCUUUUAAUACAUCCAUGCUAGCACACCAGUUGUAAAUGUUACUUUUGGGAAUGUGGCAUUCGUCUGCAGUGCUCCGACAACAUCCACCUAAAUGUCAGUCAAGUGAUGUUGUCGUUGCCGUUAAUGUUACAGUUACAAACACUUCGUACGUGGAUCUGUAGCUAACGUAACGUUAGCUUGUUGGCUGAUGUUAUGAAGUUAGUUUACUAGUUUAAAGCUAAUCCAUGCAGUGCGUGAAACAUAUCUGAGCAAGGUUUCACUGACUAGGUUAAAGUAUGGCUGACGACCCUCAGAGAAAUUUCCGCUCUUCAUAUUAUGAGAAAGUGGGUUUCAGAGGAGUGGAGGAGAAGAAAUCUCUGGAAAUACUGCUCAAGGACAAUCCUCUGGAUUUAGAAAAGCUGAGCACCUUCAGUCAGAGGUUUCCCCUCCCCUUGAUGUACAGGACCCAUGUGUGGAAGGUGUUGUUGGGCAUCCUACCUCCCCACAGUGACUCUCACGCUCUGGUGGGAGGCUACAGGAAGGAGCAGUACCAGGACAUCCUGGAGGCUCUGGAGGUGAUGAGAUACAUCAACCCUUCCACACCCUCCACCCACGUCUACCUGCGCAUGUUCCAGCUGGAGAUCCAGGUGCUCCCACGGUGCUCCGAGACCUCCGCCCCGGAUGAAGAGAACGAGGACUUCCUCUCCAUCGGUCGAGCCAUGGAGGAGAUCGUAGAUGAUCCUAUCGACUGCUAUUGGCUGAUCAAGUUUUUCAUCAAUCAGUUCAACACAAAGUUUGGGGACUCAUUACCCCACCUUCCGAAGAGCCUGGAGCAUUAUCUGAGUCAGGAGGAACCUCGACUGCUGAACCAUCUGAAGAACAGCGGAGCUCUGGCUCAGCUGCCCUACAGCCUCUGGUUCAGGCGCUGCUUCGCUGGCUGCCUGCCCGAGUCCAGCCUGCAGAGGGUGUGGGACAAGGUGAUCAGUGGCUCCUGUAAGAUUCUGGUAUUUGUGGCCCUGGAGAUUCUGCUCAGCUACAAGAUCAUGUUGAUGGGAAUCGCCCGGGCUGAAGGCGUGGUCAAGUUUCUGUGCAAUAUACCGCAGGAAAACACAGACGCUAUUGUGACUAAAGCCAUCGACUUGUGGCACAAAUAUUGCGGCACACCGAUGCACGCUGUAUAGCCACAUGGAGCUCCACACAAAUCUGGGCCCAGAGAUGAACCGCUAACUCUCAACUCUGGAUUCAACUCUGCAUGACUGAUCUGAAAACUAAUCACAGGCAACUUUCUAUAAGCCUGAGGACUUGGGAGACAAUGUUCAUAUUGACGAGACAAUUCCCAGCUUUGCCCAAAGAAUAUGAUGAACUGUACGUGGAAAGGACUUGAACACUGAAAACAGCUGCUAUACAAUGCGGAUGCACAAAAUGUGUUUGUAAAGAAGGCGAGGAAGCAAACUUAUUUGUUUUUAAUAAGUUUCUUUCUUUAAGAAACUGCAUACAUCAUAGAAGACUCACAAUAAAUUAAUACCCACAUGCUGUUUUUUCUGCUUUACAAAAAACAUUUGAAAAGUCUUGUUUACUUUCUUUGCUAUGUACAAGUCUUAUAGUUCUGAGAACAUUUCUCUCAAAACAUUUUUAAACGUACAAGAGACGGUAAUGUUACCGACGCUUGUACACACACACACACACACACACACACUCACUCAGACACAACAGAUCAACCUUUCAUUGACCUUAUAUGGACUGUAAACAAUAAAAGAAUCUAACAGUAAGGUGUCAGGGUUUUCAUAUUCUGUACCACCAAAGGUUCGUCUCAUACAAUAAAAAAUGGAAUGCAAAAAAGAAAAGUCUACUUUCUUGUAGUUCAGCAGAGAGUUCGGCAACAUUUUACUGUGUCUACAGAGAAUAUUCUGCAUCAAUCAAAACAACUCAAUUUGGCAACUUUUAAAUCCCUGUAAACAAUACUGUAGGCACAGUGACACAGUACGUUCCUGAACUCUCAACAGCGGUCACUCUGGGAUGCAUUCAAGAUCGCGACUUCCACAGCAAGUCAAGU